AUGCGGACGUCCGCUCCAGUAGGUGGAACUUCGGUUCUACUAACUAACGAGGAAAAUUCUGUAUUAUAUUCAUUGUUUGGAACUGGUUGCGAUUCAUUAGCUUCUGCUGUGGUACGCUAUUUCAAAGGUGAAAAUGAAUCGAAUUGGGUGCUUAAAGGUUGUGGCGUUGUAUGUUGUAUCAAGGACAAAAAUUAUAAGGAUUAUUUCAUCAGAAUAUAUGAUGUGAUUAGGAGAAUUCCUCUCUUAGAGCAAAGAUUAUUUUUGGAAAUGGAUUAUACUGAGGAACUAAAAUGGUUUCACGUAUUGCAGUCAGAUGAUGGGCCAGUUGGACUUGCUUUCGCAUCUCUUGAGGAGGCUAAACAUUUUGCACAUACAGUAAAUGGUCGUUUAAGAUCUAUGCGUGCAGCUGCUGUUGAGAAGCCUUCAUUGAAUCUACAUACUGUUGGUUCUCAACCAAUCGUGCAAGCUGGUAUCUAUAGUUUAAAUCCGACAAAAUUGUCUGAUCAAGGAGUUACGUCUAUAAGGGGCAAAACAAAAUCGAAAGGAAAAAAGCAGAAGCUUACAUCAAAAGAUAUCAGUAAUCCUUCCAAUUUUCGUCAUAUUGAACAUGUUGGUUAUGACAGAGAAGCCAAGACAUUUGAUAUAUCUUCACAAGAAAGCGCAAUCAUGCGCAACAUACUGCGUGCUAUUGGACGUGAAGAUGCUAUGAAUAUACCAAGCGAACGAACGUUUGUUUACAAUUUCGCCCGUGAACAUGGUGGUUUGGAAGAGAUACAACGACAACUGACUGGUUCUCAGAGUGAUAGACGUAACAUACCAGCUACUAAUGUUCCCCCUCCUAGACCACCACCGCCACCUCCACCGCCCUCCGCACCCCGUCGACAAAAUCUUGGUUCUGUUACACCUUCCCAGUCGGUUACAAUACAACACCCACCACCACCACCUGUUCCACAAGUAGCUCCUAAGCCAGUCGCACCACCACCACCUAUUCUGCCUGCACCCCCUCUUUAUGAAAUCCCUGCUCCACCGCCACCACCUCCCCCACCCGUAUUCCCGAGUCCCGCAGUUGUUCCUCCACCACCUCCUCCAGCAUGUCCCACCACUGGGGUUGAGAAAGAAUGCACAUCAAAUGCUCCUCCAAAGUCUACGACAGGUCUUACUGUUGAUCUUCAAUCACAGAUUAUGUCCUUUCAAAAAAGCAACCUACGUAAGAUUACACCUGGUGAAGGUGUGCCUAGGCCACCUGUGAAACCUAGUAAUAGCAAUAGUGGAAAUAAUAGUACUGGCGCAAAUCCAUCUGCCAGUGGAGGGGGAUUCGAUUUAUUACAAUCACUUGCUCAAGCAAUGGAAAUGCGACGUAAUCGAAUGCGUAGUAAUGAUAGUGGAGAAGAAUCUGAUGCCAAUUCUGUACCAGGUGAUAUUGGCUCAGAUGGCUCAGACUGGGAGACAUGAAUCAAUAAAAAGAGAAAAAAAUAAGCUAACAUCCGAUUACUUUGUUAUUAAUUUGUUUACCAUAUGCUUUCAUUAAUAUUGAUUUUUUCCCAAUGAAAUUCAUUAACUUUUUUGUGUAUUAUUUUACUCACUUUUUUCUGGUAAUCAAAUUAUUAUUUCUACU